AAUCAACCAGAUUGGACACCUCAAACUCAAGGUCUUUCUACGCAUGAUGUAGGCUUGAUGCCUGGCAUGAUUGGCACAAAAUUCAGAUCGCUUGCUCACACAUUGCCAGAUUCUUGUGUGGUAGUUCUGCAUAGUGUUUCAUGCCGGAGAUGACGUCUAGCACGUCUGCAGCGGAUCAUCGCUACAGCAGCCCGGAAACGUUUGUGGGUUGGUGUGAGAAGGUCUUGACCUUGGAGAAAGAAGCCGAGGAGGAGGAAACAACGGAAUUACUCAGAACAUGCACCCAAUCAGAACUGCAAUCCAGAGGCAUUGCCAUCCUGAAGCUUCGAGUUGCCGAGCAGUCUACAGCUUUGUAUGGUAGAGCUUGCAUAAUUUUGGAAAGACCUAACGGCGAUUUACCUUCGCACAAAGUCAGCCAUGGUGACAUUGUUGGGCUUUUCGAUCAAACUGCUCGCCCCUUGUCCAAAGCAUGUCCGCUGGGGACUGCAGUUGUCACUCGGAUUCGACCUGCGUCGAUUCAACUAGCAUUUGACGGUGACGUGCCAAUCGAAGUUUUAGAUGGCCGUGUGCUGAACUUGGCAUUAGUGUCAUCCGAUGUUACACUGAAACGUUAUAAGGAAGCCUUGGACUUGCUAAAAGGUGGAUGUCGUGCAGGACCCGCGUCAUCGCUGGUUGACGUUUGCCUUGGCGAUGCCAAACCUCGAUUUUUUGAGAGGAAAACGGAAGACUGCCUGCGAGCAGAUGCCGUCGACUGUACAUUUUUAGCUCAGCAGACCAGCCAGCUAAACGAGCCGCAGCAGGCUGCAGUUGUCAAGGCGAUGUGCGCCGGCGAUGUUGCAGUGAUACAUGGCCCGCCAGGAACAGGCAAAACCACAACUCUGGUUUCCUACAUCUUAGAAGCUGUGUACCGAAAGCAGCGCCUGUUGGUAACAGCACCAUCCAAUGUCGCGGUUGACAACCUGCUUGAGCGACUUGCAGACUCUGGCUGUCGUUCACUGGUUCGUAUUGGUCAUCCAGCUCGAGUGCAAGAGAGCAUCCAGAAGUUUACAAUGGAUAAUGUCGUUUAUGGCUCGGAGCAGGCGGAACUAUGCAGAGACAUUCGGAAGGAGAUAGACGACAUUUUAAAGAAGGGCAAAUCGAAGAAGGCUGCUCCGGCGGGUGGUAAGAGCUGGAGUGCGUUGAAAGAGCUGCGCACAGAGCUCCGCCAGCGAGAGCGGAGGGCGGUAGCUGAUGUCCUGAAACAGACCCAAGUCGUUUUUGCCACCUGCACAGGUGCAGCAGUCCUUCACAGAGAGAUUCGGCGUGGCGGACUCGGGGCAGGCAGCGAACUUCAGUUUGAUGUGGUCGUGAUAGAUGAAGCUGCACAAGCUUUGGAAGUGGCGUGCUGGAUUCCAUUGCUGCUCGGCAAGAAGUCCGUUCUAGCAGGCGACCACCAGCAAUUGGCUGCCUGCGUGAAAUCUAAUCAAGCUCAGCAGCAAGGUCUGGACAAGACGCUUUUUGGGCGCUUGGUCGAUGCUUACGGCGAUGAGGUCGCUGCAUUGCUGUCCAUUCAGUAUCGAUCCAACGAGAUCAUCAUGGGAUGGUCAUCUUGCUCCUUUUACGCUUCCAAACUCACUGCUGCGUCAUUAGUGGCACACCAAACCUUGUCUCUUCAGGAGGUACCAUCUGUCAAUAUCACACCAGACAUUUUGGAGCUUUUGACCAGCCCGAUGCUAUUUGUGGACACGGGGAGCUUGGCAGCGUACCGCGAGGACGGCGAAGUCUCACAAACAGACGUGCAUCAGUCAAGGUGCAACCCAGGUGAGUCUCGCUUCGUGUUGCAUUAUGCCAAAGUGCUGGUGAAGGCCGGCUUGAAGCCUCAGUCCAUCACGGUGAUCACUCCUUACAACCGCCAGGUGGAACAGCUCCGGGGGGAUUUCUUAGACCCCGAGGCAGAGCAAUUGAAGCUUUCGCCCCGCGUGAGCACGGUGGACUCCUUCCAGGGUCAGGAGGCGGAUGCGGUUCUGAUCUCGCUGGUGCGAUCCAACGAGCACGGGGUGGUGGGAUUUCUCUCCGACUUCCGGCGCCUGAAUGUGGCAGUGACCCGCGCUCGCAAGCACGUGAUGAUCGUGGGGGAUGCUAGCACCAUAUCCAAGGACUCCAUCCUCAGCUCCCUGUAUGAGUAUGCCUGCGAGCACGGCCGUGUCGCCUUUGUGCAGCAGCUUUUGGACGACGAAGGCGGCGUGCCGGCAGACCCCGUGUCUGCAGAGGCCAUCCAAGAGGAACGGCGCCGGGCCAUUGCCAAGACUGUGGGCGCCAUGAAAGAGAAGCGGGUCGACAAAGACGAGCGAGAUCAGCAACGAGAGCAGCAGCUGCGCCAGCGGUUUGAGCAGAAGUUCAAGCAUCUUCAGCAAAGUUCUGGAGUUGUGGAGCUUCCAAAAUCGCUGAAUCCGUUUGAGAGGGCCAUGGCCCACGAAGUGGCGACUUCCCUUGGACUGCAACACGAGUCCAGAGGUGAAGGAAUGGAGCGGCAGCUCAUUGUGUGGUCUGGGCAAGCACCUGACGUCAAGCUGAAAGCCGAGCCUGCAAAAGAAGAACCUGCCAAAGAUGCAGCGGAAACAGCAAUCGAAGCUUUCGAGAGACGAGCCAGAAGUUUGAUGCAGUCCUUAGGUCCUGGAAAGCCUGCGGAGUGGAAAGCUCCCAGCGAAGAAGAAAAGGAUAUUUUGCAGAGAUUGGCUAGUGAGCUUCAGCUGGAAACAGAGGAAGAAGGCAAUGGGAAGAAGCGCCGUUUCCGUGUGGUCUCACUGGGGGCCACGGAAGCGCCUCCCCAGGCCCAGAAGGCCCCGGCAAAGGCUUCGCCGGCCUCGCCUCAGGCCUCCCUGUUGGGCGACCUUCAUGCAGAGAGGGUGCAGCGCCAACAAGCUCUUGCAGCGCAAAGAGCCAAAGAGAUUGAAAAGGCGCAAAACGAAGACAUCAAGCAAGCCAAGAAGGCUGCAAAGAAGGAAAAGGCCCAGAAGCCUGCUGAAUGUGGAGAAGAUGACUUGGACGCCGUGCUGGCAGAGUUCGCGGAUCAGGAGCGGAGCUGCUCCUUUGCCGGCUGCAAGGAGAAAAUCAACACGCUGAUGGACAUGAUAUCAAAGUGCCGAUACUGCAACUCCCGCUUUUGCCUGAAGCAUGCUCAGGAGCUGAAGUUCACGGUUGCGGGGACCAGGCACAUCGAGACGGGCAGAAAAAGUGGAAAGAUUCCUGCGAGGUGAACUCUCGAGGCACCGGGCUUGUGAACAAGUCCGCGGGGAAGGACGGGCGAGGCGCGCUUGCCAACAAGCUUCAGGAGAAGGUAAAAGAAAAGGAAGCUGGUCGUGCUGCCAAGAAGAAGAAUGACAAGACGUGAAGCGGCGCGUGACA